ACGACAGCUGGCAAACAAAACCUGUGGCCAAGAAGUUGUAGUUACUUUCACCUCAGAUCUAUGUCUGAGAAAACGAUCCUCAAUCAAUUACAUAUGGCUUAAAAUAGUUUGCUUUAAGUCAGUUAAAGUUUGUGUAAUUGAAUACUCCAAUUGUAUACUAAUAUCACAGGACAAAGAUAGAGCUAAACUCCGUAUCCAGGAAAAGAUACAACUCCCUCAAACAAGAACAGGAAUAAAGCAGUUAACAGAAAGCUGAGCAUAUUUGCGUGUGAUUAUGGAGAAAUCGAACGAAGGUGCUAAAAUGGGACGAGAACGGAUCGAAAAAAUGUCCGCAGAAGUGGUGGAUUCUAACCCCUACAGUCGCCUGAUGGCUUUGCAGCGCAUGGGAAUUGUGAAAGAGUACGAGCGGAUCCGGCAAAAGAGUGUGGCCGUUGUCGGCGUCGGAGGUGUCGGUAGCGUAACGGCGGACAUGCUGACCCGGUGCGGUAUCGGCAAGCUGAUGCUGUUCGACUACGACAAGGUUGAGCUGGCGAAUAUGAAUCGACUGUUCUUUACCCCGGACCAGGCGGGCUUAUCAAAGGUGGAAGCUGCCGCGAAAACACUCAACUUUAUCAACCCGGACGUGGCAAUCACCACGCACAAUUACAACAUCACGACGGUGGACAACUUUGACCACUUUCUCGGCGCUAUUCGCACGGGCGGCAUCGAGCAGGGCACGCCGGUCGAUUUAGUGCUUAGCUGUGUGGACAACUUUGAGGCACGCAUGGCGAUCAACACGGCUUGCAACGAGCUCAGUCUGAACUGGUUCGAAUCGGGCGUGUCGGAAAAUGCCGUCUCCGGUCACAUACAGUUCAUACGGCCGGGCGAGACGGCCUGCUUUGCCUGCGCUCCGCCGCUCGUGGUGGCGGAAAACAUCGACGAGAAGACGCUAAAGCGGGAAGGCGUUUGUGCGGCCAGUCUGCCCACGACGAUGGGCAUUGUGGCGGGCAUGCUGGUACAAAAUACGCUCAAGUAUUUGCUUAACUUCGGCACCGUCUCGGACUAUCUCGGGUAUAAUGCCAUGAUCGAUUUCUUUCCCCGCAUGAGCCUCAAACCGAACCCGACGUGUGAUGAUCGGUUUUGCAUCGAGCGGCAGCGGGACUAUCUGGCCAAACCGCGCAGUGAGACGGCAGUCGCUGCCGAAGAGGAACCGGAAGGUCCUUUGCACGAAGAUAAUCUGUACGGGAUUGAGCUGGUGGCGGAUGAUGCGGACACAGCGGGCAAAAGUGAUGAGCAAGUGGCGGCCCCCACGCGCGGCAGCAACAUUGCGGAAGGGUUAAAGCUGGCGUACGAUGCACCGGUGGUUGAGGCGGAAACUGGUCAAGUAUCGGUCGAUAAUGACGUUAGCCUGGAUGAACUGAUGGCGCAGAUGUCUGGCAUGUGCAAACCUUCCGAACAGAAGUAAAAUGUAUUUUUUUUUAUUGUUACGACAGCAUUAUUGGGAAUUAAAUAUUUACGCGACGCGAAAUGAAA